AAGUGUGGAGUAACCCCUCAGUUGCCGUGCGCCUUUCACUCUAGAGCCAGCGCGGAGGAUUACCGGCGGCCUGGGUCGCGGAUUCUGGUCGCUCAGCCAUCAGCGUGGGCUAGGUAUCGACAGGGUGGUGCGCAGGAUCUCUUUUAGUUCUUUCAUUUUUAGGCAACUUUGAACCAGUGCAAUGGCAACUGAGGUCAACAGGGCUCCCAAGGAUGCUGACCUGUGGCGCUCGCAUGAUAAAAUGCUGGCACAGCCGCUGAAAGACAACGACAUAGAGGUUUACAACAUCAUUAAGAAGGAAAGCAAACGGCAGAGGGUUGGAUUAGAGCUUAUCGCCUCAGAGAAUUUCGCCAGCAGAGCAGUCUUGGAGGCCUUGGGCUCUUGCCUAAAUAACAAGUACUCUGAGGGGUACCCAGGCCAGAGGUAUUAUGGUGGCACUGAGUUUAUCGAUGAGCUGGAGAUCCUCUGUCAGAAGCGAGCACUGCAGGUCUAUGGUCUGGACCCCCAGUGCUGGGGAGUGAAUGUCCAGCCCUACUCAGGGUCCCCUGCCAACCUCGCAGUGUACACCGCCCUGGUGGGGCCCCACGGACGCAUCAUGGGCCUGGACCUGCCCGAUGGAGGCCACCUGACCCACGGGUUCAUGACAGAUAAGAAGAAGAUCUCUGCUACGUCCAUCUUUUUUGAAUCUAUGCCCUACAAGGUGAACCCAGACACUGGCUACAUCAACUAUGACCAGCUGGAGGAGAACGCCCGCCUCUUCCACCCGAAGCUGAUUAUUGCAGGAACCAGCUGCUACUCCCGAAACCUGGACUAUGCUCGAUUGCGGAAGAUCGCUGAUGACAAUGGGGCAUAUCUCAUGGCUGACAUGGCACACAUCAGCGGGCUGGUGGCAGCUGGCGUGGUGCCCUCCCCUUUUGACCACUGCCAUGUGGUGUCCACCACCACCCACAAGACACUGAGAGGCUGCCGAGCUGGCAUGAUCUUCUACAGGCGAGGAGUGUGCAGCGUGGAUUCCAAAACUGGCAAAGAGAUCCUGUACAACCUGGAGUCGCUCAUCAAUUCUGCUGUGUUCCCAGGACUGCAGGGAGGCCCCCACAACCAUGCCAUUGCUGGGGUCGCUGUGGCUCUGAAGCAAGCCCUGACUCCAGAAUUCAGACUUUAUCAGCGCCAGGUGGUGGCCAACUGCAGGGUUCUGGCUGAUACGCUGAUGGAGCUGGGAUACAAAGUAGUAACAGGUGGUUCUGACAACCACUUGAUCCUUGUGGAUCUCCGUUCCAAAGGCACGGAUGGUGGCAGGGCUGAGAAGGUGCUAGAAGCCUGUUCUAUUGCCUGCAACAAGAACACCUGCCCAGGUGACAAAAGUGCACUGCGGCCCAGUGGGCUGCGACUGGGGACCCCAGCACUGACGUCCCGAGGACUUCUGGAAAAAGAGUUCCAAAAAGUAGCCCUCUUCAUUCAUAAAGGGAUAGAAUUGACUCUGCAGAUUCAAAAUGAUGUUGGUGUCAAGGCCACCCUGAAGGAGUUCAAGGAGAAACUGGCAGGGGAUGAGAAGCACCUUAGGGGCAUCAGAGCUCUCAGGGAGGAGGUGGAGAGCUUUGCCUCUCUUUUCCCUCUGCCUGGUCUGCUUGACGCUUAG